AUGUGUGCUUCUGGUAUCACCCUUCUGUUUCUGAAUGGACUCCAGCAUUGCUGCCUCACGGGCUGCGAACAUGGAUAUACUGAUCCGGCAGAAUGGUGGCUGGAGGGUGAUCCACUGCCGCCUUACUCCUCGCGAAUCGACUUGGAAGGCGACGCGCACUCCAUAAUUGACCAAAGCAUCGACGAAAUAUCACCCCAAUUGCAUGAACUCAGCCUACAAAUUCACGAUCAUCCUGAGGUCGCAUUCCAGGAAGAAUUCGCGCAUGAACACUUGACUUCCUUUAUGGCCUCCCAGGGCUUCGCGGUGACCCGGAGCUAUCUCGGACUCAAAACCGCAUUCAGAGCCGAGUUUCAGCACGGUUCCGGAGGACGAGUGAUAGGUGUCAACAGUGAAUACGACGCGCUAGCGGGCAUCGGACAUGCAUGUGGCCACAACCUGAUUGCCGUAAGCGGCUGCGCAGUCGCUAUUGCGCUCAAAAAGGCAUUGCAGUCUCAUAACAUACCGGGGAAAGUGAUCCUGCUCGGUACCCCAGCCGAAGAGGGUGGAGGAGGGAAAAUCAUUCUCUUAGAGAGAGGCGGGUACAAGGAAAUGGAUCUUUGCGUGAUGUGUCAUCCUAGCGGAGGUCCUAUCAAGUCGGCCGACCUCGGUCCGUCGAUCGGGGUGCAAGUGAUCCAGGUCGAAUAUUUCGGCCAAAACGCGCAUGCUGGUGCAGCUCCUUGGGACGGCGUCAACGCACUAGAUGCUGCGUUUCUAGCCUACUCCAACAUUUCCGCACUCCGCCAGCAGAUGCGACCUGAUCAUCGUGUUCACGGUGUCAUUACGGGAAACGACAACUGGUUGCCCAAUGUGAUUCCUGAUUAUGCCAAAAUGAAUUGGCUCGCUCGAGCGCCCACCGACGUGGAUCUCGCAGCCUUCGUGGAGCGUGUCACCAAUUGCUUGAAAGCAGCAGCAAUGGCCACCGGCUGCGAAUUCAAAUUGACGCUGGCGGAUCCGCAUCUUGAUCUGAAGCAGAAUCCUAUUCUCGGCCAGGAAUUCGCCGACGUCGUGGCGAAACGUUACGGGAUUGAGACCUCGACCACGCCAGGAACUGGUUCCACUGACUUUGGGAACGUAACAUAUGCGUUGCCUGGAAUUCAUCCAGUGUUUGCUAUUCCGACCCAACCCGGAGGCGGAAACCACACGAUCGCAUUCGCAAAUGCGGCUGCCACGCAAGAAGCACACACAGCCGCGAUGUACAUCGCCAAGGGCCUUGCAUGCACGGCACUGCGUGCUCUUCGCGACGAUGAGUUUUUCAAACAAGUCAAAGCAUCGUUUUCCGCGUGACAUGAGCAAUUAAGAUAGUCUAGUUCACACAAACAUCCCUAAGGAAAAUCCAUUAAAUAUCAUUCUGCCCAGUCUUGACCUUCUCGGCUUCUGCUGCAUGUUGCCGGAGCAUUUGCUCCCGUUUUGCGUGUGCAGUUUUGGCUGACGACUUCCCCUUUGGUGCAGCCGCUUCUGCAACCAUUCUGGGCUAGAUUUCAGAGAUGAGAAAUUCGGACGUGCCACGACGCACCUCUCAAGUUCCCGACGUUCUGCAUCGGUUUCGUCGGGAGCCGUGGACUUGAAGAUGGCACCGGUGAUGAGAAGACCCUGCAUAAGGAGCCUCGUCAGAAAGAAGGAGAAUCGUACACCCCCGAGGACAGACCUUGGCGCGGUUCAGCAGCACCAGAUCCGAUACUCCUGGAUCUUUGAGCACGUUAUCGACAACCUGGAUGGAAAUCAGUACUGCCCAAUCAG